GCCAGAGCUCCUGAACGAUCAAUGUAGCUGAUUAAUUCAUUAUUGGAUCCACUGCUGAUAUGAAACUGUCAAUCAUCUAGUGUGUGUGUGGUAAAGCGAGCUGCACAGACUUUGCCCCCGCCACAGGAAGUUGUCGCCGAGCUGUCACGACGUCGCAGACGAGCAGAGGAGCUGCAGCUUCAGACCGGACUGGGAGAACUGGUUUCCAGUCACAGUGGGACAGGUGAUGUUGGAACACUGGAGAGUGACGGGACGACGCUGGUGACUCGAUCAGGUGAAGCACAGGUGGAUCCAGUGAUCAGGGGCCCCCCCUGCUCUGUUAGCAUGUCCUUAUUCUUGGUGUUGAGGUUACUGAUUUCUAUUAUCACACUUUGGUUUUUAAUGUCUGGACAGAAGUACUGAACGUUUACUCAAAUACUUCAGGAAGUUCUGAUCAGUAUUUUUAUCGUGGCGGUGUCAAAGGUGUCUCCAGUGAGCCGAGUCCACCUCGACGACUCGUUUCCAGAGAGGAAGCUGUCAGAAGCCUCUGAUCACUUCCUGCCGAGCAGCUGCUCAACAUUUAGCAUUCAGCAGCUAACGAGCUAAAGACAUUUCCCCCAGGAGCUGGAGACCACACACACACUGCUAACUUCUCCGCCCCCGCAGAUACACAUCAUGAAGUCAUCACCUUCAUCAUCAUCUACCUCAGCGAUGCCAGAGAAGCAGAUCCUCUGCUCUUCAUCAUGUCCGCCUCCUCUUCCUCGGCUGAGUCUGCAGAGUCCAGAGUUACAGGCAGAGUUUUUACAAGAGCGUCUGAACAAAUUUCAGCCUCACAGAGACGUCAGUGAAUCCAGUGUUGUCUCCUCUCCCUCGUCCUCCUCUUCCUCCCCGCUGCCCUCCCCCUUCAGUCCCACCCCGAUCCCCUCAUCCUCGUCCUCUCCGUCUUCUCCCUGUCAUGACAGCAGACCAGCCCGUUUGUCCCUGUCCAGCCCCGAGCUCCUGUCAGAGCUGAAAGCCUCGAGGACGCGUAGCCUCCGACACGUCCCCGCACAUAACGGACUGACCACCGUCUUCUCUGGACGAGGAGGAGGAGGACAGGCCUCUGGCCCCGCCUCCUCCAGAAGACCAGCCAAUCAGAGGACUUCGCACUGAAUUUGUCAGCCACACCUGAACCUGUACCAGCCUACCAGACCCAAAUCCAACAUGGACUCUGCUGUUCUACGAGCUUUGUUUUAUGAUCAUUCGAGAAAAUUUAUAGUAAUUUUUGAAGUAAUGCAUCUGUGAUUUAUCCAAUAGUCUAAUAAAGAUUGUGGCAGAACUGCUGAAUUUAGUCUGAACUCUGUCUCCAGGACUGAGUCCCACAUGGUGGACCAGCAGUCCUGAACAGCCUUUCUUCUAAUGCAACUCCACUAAAUAAAGUAGUGAGCUAACGAUAUGCUAACUGUUGUGUUUGGAGGUUAGUACUGCACAUAGUCAGCUAGUUAGUUAGCUGACAUCAU